AUGUUAUCAUCAUUUCUUUGCGAAAACCAAAGUAUUAAUCUGGAACAACAACGGCAAGAAAAACAAAACGUCGAAAUUUUCUCAACUGCAGAAAAUAAUAACAUGGAAGCACAUAAUGGGAAUAAUUUUGGUGAAAAUAACUUUAUUGUAAAUAAUAAUGAAAACGAAGCAACAUUUAAAACUGGCGUAACAGAAGAAAUUAAUGCAAAUAUAACUAAAAUGGCAUCAACAGAUAUAAAAAAAAUUGAAAAUACAACUGGAGGAACAAGCGGGACUCUUACCUUUUCACUAAAUAAUCAAGCAAAAGAAGUCACUGCCCGUAUCCGGCAAGUUGAAUCUUCUCCAAAAACUCGGCCAAGAAAGUAUAAAAAGAGGCGAGCGCAAGAAUCUGAAAUCACCAAAGCACCCCCUGCUAAGACUUCCGAAAAGGCAAAAUCUACCACGCUAACACCAAUAAAAAUUGAAAAAAAAAUAUCACCUCUGGAGGCAUUACGUAACGAACGAUUAAAAGAAAAAGAAGCUGAACUAGCAAAAGUUGUCGAUGAUCACGAUACUUUGGUUCGAGAACAUUAUUAUAUGGAAAAUUUUAAUGUAUCGGUCUUAGAACUCGACCGACAACGAUUAAAGCAAGAUAAUAGUGAACGUAUGGUUAAAACUCUUGAGAGUCAUAACUUAUGGUCGACUAUGAGUGAUCAAGUCCUCAAUACUGUACAAGCAAACUCUACGAGAAUGUCAACACGCCGUUCAAUCAAUCAACAUCGUGAUUCUCUCGUGAAUAUGCUUAAAUCAGUUGGUUCCCAUGGAUUAAAUUUAGCAGAGGCGCCUACCUUAGCGCCAACCACACGAAGCAGCGGGCGUGUUAAAAAAAUUGAACCUGAAACUAGUCCAACUAUAAGUUCUUUUACAUCUAGUUACACGCUUCGUCGGAGUCGUGGACAAGCACAAUUCCCGAAUGUUGAUGCGUAUCUCGCCUCAUUUGUCACUCUAGACGAUGAAGACAUUACACCAGCUGAAGCUGAAGUACGUGCAGAACAUGAAUCAGAGGUUCUAUUUCGAAUUUAUUCGUUAAAGCAACAAGGACGAUUUAUCAAUAAGCCAAUAAAAGCUCUCGCGGAACCUCGUCAUCCUUUAGUCCAUAGGGAUCAUAUGCUUGAACAUGUGAUAUCACGGUCAAAGCUCAUGAAUAAAUCGAUUGAUAAUAAGCUUAAAGUUACCAGGCAAAUUAGUCGGAUGAUUCAACAAUAUCACAACAAAAUAGCAAAUCAAGGAACAAAAGAGAGAAAAUUAGAAGAAAAAAGGCUCAAAAAGUUGGCUAAAUCCACAUCAAAUCUUAUAAAGCAAAAAUGGAAAACAGUAGAAUCUCAAAAAGAGAUCAUACGAGAAAAACAGGAACGUGAAGGAAAACGUCAUUUGAAUCUUCUUCUUGAGCAUUCGACUCAAAUGUUGGAAAAUUUCAUUCCAAGUCUUGUGACAGUUGAAGAAGAAGAUGAAAGUUUUCAGGGAGAAUCCUUUUCUGAUUUGAACACAUUCUCUUCAGAAGUCGAGUCUUCCGAGGAGGAUGAUGAAAUCAAAAAGUUAAAAGCCGAAAAGGAUAUGACAUUAGAGGAAUUAUUAGAAAAUUAUGAAUAUCCAUUGGAAGAUGAUCAACUUUCGCAUGAAACUAUUAUUAAAGCUCAAAAUGGAAAACCAGAAAGUGAUUUCGAAGGUGUUUUUGAAUCUGAUGAUGAAUUUGAUUUUGGUGAUGUUUCAGAGACAGAAAUGGAAUACGCAGAAUCUGAACAAGAAGAUAAUGAGGAUAACGACGAGUAUAAGAAAAAAACCGACACAAAAAACAAAGGAAAACAGAAAGCAAGUUCAGAUAAUGAGGAAAUUGAAUCUGAAACUCAGAGUUCGGAAUCUCCACUUGUUGUUUCUCAUCCGCCUACUGGUACGACAUUAUCGACUGCUGUAGUCCGAACAAAAAUCCCGAUGUUACUUCGUGGUCAGCUUCGUGAAUAUCAACAUGUGGGUCUUGAUUGGCUUGCAAGUUUAUACAAUAACGGACUAAAUGGGAUCCUUGCAGAUGAAAUGGGUCUUGGGAAAACCAUUCAGACCAUAGCACUAUUGGCUCAUCUCGCUUGUGAAAAGGGUGUUUGGGGACCACACUUGAUUGUUGUUCCUACAAGUGUAAUUAUCAAUUGGGAGAUGGAAUUCAAGAAAUGGUGUCCAGGUUUUAGAAUUUUGACAUAUUACGGAAGUCCAAGGGAACGAAAAGAGAAACGUCUUGGUUGGUCAAAAGAGAACACUUUCCAUGUAUGCAUAACUUCUUAUCAGCUUGUUGUGCAUGAUCAGAAUGUAUUCAAAAAGAAGAGAUGGCAUUACCUUAUUCUCGACGAAGCGCAUAAUAUUAAAAAUUUUAGAUCGCAACGAUGGCAAACUCUAUUAAAUUUUAAUUCUGUGAGGAGAUUAUUACUUACUGGCACACCACUACAAAAUAAUCUCAUGGAGCUUUGGUCGUUACUUUAUUUUCUGAUGCCUCAAGGUGUUUCUCAGGCAAUGCCAAUUGGAUUCGCCAAUCAAAAAGAGUUUCAAGAAUGGUUUUCACAUCCUGUGGAUAAAAUGCUAGAAAAUGACGAAGAAAUGAGUGACGAAACACGUGAAGCGGUUUCCAAACUACACACUGUAUUACGGCCUUAUCUCCUACGUCGUCUGAAAGCUGAUGUCGAAAAGCAACUACCCGGAAAAUAUGAACAUAUAAUAUAUUGUCGACUUUCAAAGCGUCAAAGAUUUCUUUAUGAUGAUUUCAUGUCACGCGCUAAAACCAAAGAAACGUUACAAUCGGGAAAUUUCUUAAGCAUCAUAAAUUGCUUAAUGCAAUUGCGUAAAGUCUGUAAUCACCCGGAUCUAUUUGAGGUCAGGCCCAUCCGAACCUCUUUUGCGAUGUCAAAAUCAGCGGUAGCCGAUUAUGAAAUUAAAGAAUUGUUAGUUCGUCGACGUCUAUUGCAAGAAACUGAUGAAAAAAUCAAUUUGGAAUUUUUGAAUCUUGUGCCAAGGCAAUUCGAAGGAAUAUAUGAUUGGUUGGUAGCAAAUGAAUGGGGUCAUGUAAAUCCAGAUAUUAAAUUCCGGAAGCAAAUUGAAGACAUUGAUCUGACAUUAAGAGGAAUUCCGCCAACACCAGUCAAUCAUAGUAAAUUGUCUCAAUUCAACCAAGCAAUUCAGAAAUAUAACCGUAUUCAAACUCGUGAACGCUGGGCUCACAUACAAUACAUCAAUUUAUUUCGUCUAAAGCGUCGCCCAAUAUAUGGUACAGGACUUAUAGGACUUUGUCGACAGCUUGGAGCUACUCCAUGUGAUACCGCAUUUUCAACUGCCAUGAAUCCUAGAGCUUACUGGAAUCGGGUUGAAUCGAUGACAGACUUAAUAAAAACAUACGAACAAAGGUAUGAAAUGAUGGAUGAAAUCAUUAAAAGAUAUGCGUUUGUUACUCCGGAGGUUGUUGCAAAAGAUGUUGCUUCGUUUGCUUUGGCCGAGAUGUCGGAAGAAUUGCGAUACAAGAUUCAUAAUGAAGUACAAGAUUUAUAUCAUCCGAUUCGUGUUAAACUUCAAAUAGCCUUCCCGGAUAAACGUCUAUUGCAAUACGAUUGUGGCAAGUUGCAGAAACUUGAUGAACUUUUACGUAAUCUCAAAGCAGAUGGACACCGAGCACUUAUAUUCACUCAAAUGACGCGAGUGUUGGACAUUCUUGAAAUAUUUUUAAAUAUUCACGGACAUCGUUAUCUUCGACUUGAUGGAGCUACAAAAGUCGAGCAGAGACAAUUGUUAACUGAGCGAUUCAAUCAUGAUCCAAAAAUCUUGGUAUUUAUAGCUUCUACUAGGUCCGGUGGUCUUGGAAUCAAUCUUACUGGUGCUGAUACGGUGAUAUUUUAUGACUCUGAUUGGAAUCCUUGUAUGGACCGUCAAUGUCAAGACAGGUGUCAUCGUAUCGGACAAACAAGAGACGUUCAUAUAUAUCGAUUCGUAAGCGAAUACUCGAUUGAGGAGAACAUGCUGCGGAAAGCAAAUCAGAAGCGGAUGCUUGAUAAUCUCGUAAUAACUGAAGGCGAAUUUACCACCGAUUAUUUCCAAAAAAUGGAUUGGCGAGAGCUCCUUAAUGAUAUUGCUCCCAACCAAAAUAAGAAGCUUGGCCCAGAACCUCCACUCACUGGGACAGAAUUGGAGAACUGUCUUGCUCAAGUAGAAGAUGAUUCUGAUGUAACCGCUGCGCGUAUUGCGAAAAACGAGAUGGAUUUGGAUAUUCGCGAAUUCGCAGAAGAGACGCCAUCUCAACCGCGGCGGUCGAGUGUGUCUACAGUUGCUUCUCCUCUUCACGAUUCAUUGGAGAUUGUUGAGGAUGAAUAUAAACCGCAAUUCUAUAUAAAAAUGACGGAAUACAAGGGCGGUUCCUCCGAAGGCCAAAGACAAGUGAUGCUAGAAAAGCAGCGUGCCAAGAUGUUAAGUGAUUUUGAGAAGCAACGAGAGAAGAUCGCGAAAGAUAACCAAGUCAACAUAACUGCCAAUAAGUUUGUGACUCAUUACGAUGAUGUAGAAGAUUCUCUAAAGAAGGAAACUAUUGGUUUAGUUAGAUUAGAAGAGUUUCAAAAAAUUCGCAAAGAACUUGAAGUUCAAAAAGAGCAAGAAGCAGAGGGAGAUGAUGUGGUGGGGGAUGGAAAGGAUUUAGCAAUAUCUAAUAAUGACAAAAAUAUAGAGAACGUGAAAACGGAUUCUACUACGGAUGAUAUUAAUAUCGUGCAACCUCCAAAGAAAAAGCCAAAACUCGGUAAAAAUCCAAACGUUGAUACUUCAUUUUUACCUGAUCGGGAAAGAGAGGAAGAAGAACGUAAAGAGAGAGAAAAACUACGUUUGGAAUGGUUGACAAAACAGGAAGAAAUUAAAAACGAAAAAAUCAGUAUCACGUAUUCCUAUUGGGAUGGUACAGGCCAUCGUAAGACAGUUACAUGCAAAAAAGGUGAUACGAUUGGGAAUUUUUUAGAGAAGUGUCGACAGCAAUUUCAUGAAUUGCGUGGCGUUAGUGUUGAUAACAUGAUUUAUGUUAAGGAAGAUUUAAUUAUUCCACAUCAUUAUACUUUUUAUGAUUUCAUAAUCAAUAAAGCAAGAGGAAAGUCAGGCCCUUUGUUCAGCUUUGACGUGCAUGAUGACGUGCGGUUAACACAUGAUGCUACCGUCGAGAAAGACGAGUCUCAUGCAGGUAAAGUGGUCGAAAGGAACUGGUAUGAAAAGAAUAAACAUAUUUUUCCCGCCAGUCGAUGGGAAAUAUACGAUCCGGAAAAAAAUGCAAUAUGGAAAAUACACAAUCAAGGACACCAACAAGAAGACUCCUGUAUAGUUGACAAAUUUACCUUAGAAAGAUCAUAA